UAGUAGAAGUGUGUAGGGAUUUAAAGGUUGCUCUAGGGCAACUUUACCCUGGUACGAUUAGAGUAGUGCUCGCCUUUUCGGAGGCAUGUAGGCUCCGGGGCUGUGCCCCUUCUCUCAAAGUGUUAUAUCAUUUUGUAGACUUUAGGAAGUGUGAUGGCUGCUUCGUUUUCGCCCUUGGUAGAGAAGGGCGAUCUCGUAUUUAUCUUCCUUGCCUAACCAGUCGCUGGCGAAGGCGCUUCUUUAUUGUCUAUCAUAAAUUUGCUUUUCUUCAUUUUUCGGAUGGUUUUUCUUCUCAUCCAGUUCGGAGCUAUUCUUCUCCUUUAAGUUUAUCCGAGUCAAAGCUUGCUUUUGACAUAUCUUCCUGUAGUAUUGUGUCGCGUCCCCUUUUAGAUGUCUUGGUUAAUAGUCAUCUUCGGAGUCGAUGGUUUCCUUUGGAGGAUCCUCCUCGAGGCUUGGCGGAUCUUUGCUACUCUUUUGUUCAAGAUUUGGACGUUCCGAUGGGUGGUCCUGACGUUCCUAUCGCCGACGUUAUUCCUGGCGACAUUGUCGUGGAUGGGGCUCCUGUUGAUAUCCCCCUAGCUCCCGCCGAGGUAGCGUUGCCUGAGGUUAUUGUUAUAAAUGAUGAUGAUGGUGAUGACUCGGCCGUUCCAGUCGGCGACGAGGCGAUUCCGUCACUACUCCCCCCUCUAGCAUCAUCUAUCGUUUCGGGGGGAGUUGGGGGUGUGGCCUCAGAGGGGCCUGUUGCUGCUGAUUCGGGGGAGAUUUCUCUAGGUCGAGACCCGGAUUCUCCGUCUAGAAAAAGACGUCGAGUUGUCGAUGAUUCUCCUACGAGGGAGAGUUUUCCUGGAAGCUCUUCCUCUGCUCCAGACUUGGUUCAAUGGGUCGAAGGUCAGGAUCCUGCCAGUUUGCUGAAUCCGAGAGUGCUAGCGGAAUAUAUCCGGACUUUGGCGAUUCCUGAUGAUGUCACGUGGUUCUGUGGUAGGCCGGGUCAGGAGCUUUCCGAUCUGGCUUGUUUUCAUGGUUUCUCUGCCCUUCAAUCUGUUCUGGUAUUGAACGACCGCCGACAGUGUGCCGAGGAGGAGGUUGAGCGUCUGUCUGCUCUUUUGGCGACUUCCGAGUCUGAAAGGGCGAAAUUGAAGGCCUCUUUGGAAGAGCAUGAUUCCCUUCUGGCGCAGCUCAAGGCGCAGGAUGCGAUUAAUGAUCGCCAAGUGAAAGUGAUUGAGAAAAAGACCGAUGACUUGACUCAAGAGAUCGAGGAGCUCAUUCGGAUCAAUUCCCUUGUUGGUGGGGAGAGGGAUAGUCUUAGAACGGAGGUUGAAGGUCUUCACAUCCGUCUGCUAGAUACGAAGGCUUUUUACUCUGCUCUGAUAAGCGAGUAUCGCCUUGCGAUUGGGAAGAAGCUUCUGGAGCAGAAUCCCAAUAUUGAUCUUUCUGGGGUUAACGGGUUGGAUCCCCAGGCCAUCGCCCGUGAUCUCCUCGUCAAGAUUUCUAAAGACCGUGUUUAGUAGUUUUCUUUUGAUUGUAUUUGCUGAUGUAUUAAUUUUGCUUUUUGUAAUUCGCAAUUUAUGAAUAUAUUUUCUUCGUUUUUCUUCGAAA